AUGGAAUUAGGAGAAUAAGAUUUAUAUACUUACUUAGAAUAAUAAUAAUAGAAUUUAACUAUUGAAUCAAAAAUUAAAAUUAUGAUUUAAAUUACUUAAUUCAUUUCAUAUCUACAUUCCAAAAAUUUAAUACAUAGAGAUAUUAAACCUGAAAACUUCAUUAAAGUCUCCGAUCAAUUUAAACAUAUUGAUUUUGGAUUAACAGAGUAGAAUUCAAAUAUUUUCAAAACAGCUAAAGUUGGAACCCUACUAUUUUAGGCUCCUGAGCUUCUUGAAAAUAAAACUGAUUAUGAUAUUUCUAUUGAUAUAUGGUCUCUCGCUUGUGUUUUUUACGAAAUUCUUUUUGGCUAAGCUUUGUUUAAUGGUAUUAAUUAAAUUUACAUCCAAGGUUAAUUCAAAUUUCUUAAAUUAAAGAUUAAACAUAGGAUAGUUAGAUGA